AUGAAAGCUGCCACAGCUUUCCUCACCUCCUUGGCCGCUCUUGCGAGUGCCCAACUGAUUGAUCUGGAAACAGGCAAGAAAGUAUCAAUUGCAGAUUAUUCCUUGCUUAUGCCCGUGGCCGUUCGCGAACCUGAGGACAAUUCCACCGGUUUAGAACCUCGAGACUGGUACGGCGUCAAAGGCUACUUUUACUCCCCCAACUGUGGCAAGGAUGGAAGUUGGGAUGGGUAUACCUGGACAAACAUUGGAAGCGGAUGCUACGGCUCUUGGGAGAACAAUCAAGUCAAGGACCUAUGGUCUGUUGAAUGGGGAGUAUUAGAUGAUCUGAAGAAAAAGGUCUAUUGCACGGAUCCUUAUUUCAAGCUCUAUCUACAACUGUUCCACGGCUGUACUAAUUGCAAUUGUGGUUUUGAACCAAACAAUAAUGAGAUGGAUGGCAACUAUGGCUGCGCAAAGUUGGGGGAGAGCAUCAAAUCCUGGAGGCUGGCUUGUGCGCCGCCAUAG